AUGAAUGCCGAAACGGCGCUGGCGACAAGAUCAGACUCAGUCGCCCUGGCCUCUCACACUUGCAAAUGGCAUGCCAUGGAAGAGGAAUGCCCUCAUCUGGGUGCCUUGAUGGCUGAAGCUGAAAUAGAAAUUGACGAGCUAGCAAACAACUUGGCCAACCUCUCCAACAGCCACCAGACUCCCAAGCCUGCAGCACCCAGACUUUCCAUCCAGCCCUCCUUAUUGAGCAAGCUCAUUGCCAGCUUCCACUCCAGCAGUCUUCAGCCCCCUCCAUUGACCUGCCCCAGCCCCACACCCCACAAGACCUCUUACUCCGCGACUUGGCUCCAAAACAUGCUCAAAAGUACCUCCAGCCAGUUCAGCCCUGCCACUCCCCACCGCAUCUAA